AUUAUGUCCCAAGACAAAACUAGAAAGUGCGGUGUGGCUGAACCGAACCAUCUUAUGGCGGCUCCGAGCGUUCCGCUCACGAAUUUCGUAACUGUCAAUAACGACCGGUACUUUGCAAACCACCCCACAGUUACACUCAUCGAAAAAUGCUCAAAUUCACGGCAGCUCAAGCAAAUUCACGCUCAAAUGCUUCGCUGUGGCCUAUUUUUUGACCCAUUCUCCGCCAGCAAACUCGUACAAUCCUAUGCUCUUUCGGAAUUAUCCAGCCUCCACUACGCCUACAAAGUGUUCGAUCAAAUUCCUCAACCAAAUCUCUACUCUUGGAACAUCCUCAUUCGUGCAUCUGCCUCCAGUCCUCAACCCAUUAACUGCCUUUUAAUGUUCAUUCGCUUACUUCAUGUGGGUGGCGAAAAACCCAACAAAUUCACCUACCCUUUUGUCAUCAAAGCCUCUGCCAAGCUUGAUGAUUUCCAGCUCGGAAAAGGGAUUCAUGGGAUGGUGAUUAAGGAGGGUUUUAGUUCCGAUUUAUUCGUGAGCAACUGUUUGAUCUAUUUCUACUCGGAAUGUGGGUGUUUGGACAUGGCUCGUCGGGUUUUCUCGAGUAUGUCUGAAAGGGAUGUUGUUUCGUGGAAUACGAUGGUCAAUGGUCUUGCUCAGAACGGUUAUGUUGAUGAGGCGGUGGAGUGUUUUCACAGAAUGGAGGAGGAAGGUUUAAAACCGAAUGAUGUUACAAUGGUGGGUGUUUUAUCUGCUUGUGGGAAGAAGUCGGAUGUGAAGUUCGGAAGAUGGGUGCAUUCGUAUAUAGAGACAAAUCGGAUCAGACUCAGUCUGAUUCUGUGUAACGCAAUUCUUGAUAUGUACACCAAGUGCGGGAGUAUGAAGGAUGCGAAGAAACUUUUCGACAAGAUGGUGGAGAAGGAUAUAAUUUCAUGGACUACUAUGCUAGCUGGAUACGCCAAGUCGGGAGAUUUUAAUGCAGCUAGAGUUCUUUUCGACAAGCUGCCUAGUAAAGAAGAUAUUGCCACAUGGAAUGCUCUUAUCUCUGCGUAUGAACAAAGUGGUAACCCCAACGAGGCAAUAGCUAUUUUCAACGAGUUACAGCUCAGCAAGGCAUCUAAACCCGAUGAGGUCACACUUGUUAGUACCUUAUCAGCUUGUUCUCAAUUGGGGGCAACGGAAUUUGGCAGCUGGAUCCACGUGUACAUGAAGAAGGAAGGUAUGAGGUUAAAUCGCCACCUUGUCACUGCACUAGUCGACAUGUACUCAAAGUGCGGUGAUCUACACAAGGCGCUUGAAAUAUUUAACUCCGUUGAUAAAAGAGAUGUCUUUGUAUGGAGUGCAAUGAUAGCUGGAUUGGGCAUGCACGGGCGUGGUGGAGAUGCAAUAAAGUUGUUCUUGAAGAUGCAGGAGGCUAAGGUGAGGCCUAGUUCCGUUACUUUCACCAAUUUACUAGCCGCAUGCAGUCACUCUGGGCUAGUUGAAGAGGGUCGAGAGUUUUUCGUUCAAAUGGACCAAAAUUACAAGAUUGCCCCUGGUGUGGAGCACUAUGCCUGCAUGGUCGAUAUUCUUGGUCGAGCGGGUCUGUUAGAGGAUGCUGUGGAUUUGAUAAAGAAUAUGCCUAUGGCUCCUGGUGCUUCUGUUUGGGGGGCUCUUCUUGGUGCUUGUAAACUUCAUAGAAAUGUCGAUCUAGCUGAAUAUGCGUGCAACAGUUUACUCGAGAUCGAACCUCAAAACCAUGGAGCUUACGUGCUUUUAUCUAAUAUAUAUGCUAAUUUGGGGAAAUGGGACAAAGUUUCAGAGUUGAGGAAGCGUAUGAGAGACGUCGGAUUGAAGAAAGAACCUGGCUGUAGCUCAGUAGAGGUUAAUGGUGUUGUUCAUGAGUUUCUGGUCGGUGAUAGUAGACAUCCUCUGUGUAAGAAAAUAUACUCGAAGCUUGACGAGGUUGCAGCUAGGUUAAAACAUGUUGGUUAUGUUUCAGACAAGUCACAGCUACUGCAAUUAGUGAAAGAAGAGGAUAUGCAGGAGAAGGCUUUGUAUCUUCAUAGUGAGAGGCUAGCUCUUGCCUUUGGGCUUAUUACUCUCGGCCCGUCUCAACCGAUUCGAAUUGUGAAGAAUCUUCGUGUUUGUGAAGACUGUCACUCUGUUAUUAAACUAGUAUCGAAGCUUUACGACAGGGAGAUAGUGUUGAGAGACAGGUAUCGGUUUCACCAUUUCAGAGGAGGGUCCUGCUCUUGUAUGGAUUAUUGGUGAAUGUUAAUUAGACUUCGUUUGUACUUUAUCGAUCUAAACGUUUCUUCAUGUUUUAGGC